AUGACCCCCCCCGAGCCCAGUUCUGUGUGCUCUGUAGAGUUGGGUGAACCCGAGCCCGAUCCCAGUUCUGUGUGCUCUGUAGAGUUGGGUGACCCCGAACCCAGUUCUGUGUGUUCUGUUGAGUUAGUUGUGGGCGAGCCCAGUUCUGUGGAGAACGCCGGUGACGUUGAAGACGACCCGGAAAUUGUUUCUGGCAAGAUUAGUACAAAAAAUCCGUUUGCGAGUUUUGGUGACAGUGAUACCCGAAGCAUACUCUCCGAUGAUGAGAAAAAGCUGCUCAUGGCUAUACAUCCAAUCCAGCCUGAUAGUAAAACUGGAGUGGAGAUAAAACUACCCUUUGACAAAGAAAGAGUGUACACGCAGGGGCCGGGUGGGAACAAACGGAUGUGGCUGUCCUAUUGUGCCAACAGACGUCGACUCUUCUGCUGGUUGUGCCACGCUUUUGGGGAUACUAAAAGCCAUUACGCCACAGUUGGCUGGGGCGACGAUGCAAAGUGGAAAGCACGGCAUUGCUAUAAGAGUAUUGAAAAGCAUGAAUUAAGUGUUGAACAUUUGGCUGCAGUCAAGGCGUAUUUACACUUUUCUGAACGCCGGUCGGUGCUGCAGGUGCUCAACACCAAAAGUUUGUCCCUAAGAGCAAAACAAGUGGCUGACAACAGGGAGGUGGUCCUCAGAAUAAUAAACAUUGUCCUUUUUUUGGCAAAACAAGGCAUUGCAUUUCGUGGUGAUAAAAAUGAGGCUGCUUAUACUCUCCACUCUUCGUGUAAUCAUGGCAACUUCCUCGAAGAGGUUAAGAGUCGGGCAAUAUUUGACCCAGUGCUUAAGGCCCACCUCGAUAAAGCGAUAGGGAUGAGCCAGGCAAGACACGAUGCCCACUCAACGAGCCGUGGUAGGGGCUCACUGAUUACCUUUCUGAGUAAAAAUACCUUUGUGAAUAUCCUUGAAAUAAUAACAAGCAUGGUUCUGGACAAAAUUAGAGAAGAAGUGGAAGAAAACGGUGGGAAGUUUAGUUUUUCUAUGGACGGCUGUCAGGAUAUUUCUGUGAAAGAGCAAAUAGCAACUGUACUUAGGUAUGUCAAUGAAAAUGGCCCCGUCGAGAGGUUUAUUGACAUAACAGCACUUACUUCGACCAGUAGCGAAGCUAUGCUCAACCAUGCUAUCAAAACUCUGUCAGACGUCGUUAUCAUGGGCAACUUAACGGGAUUUUCGUUUGAUGGUGCCGGCAAUAUGGCUGGAGUCAAAACUGGUCUCCAAGCUCGCUUGAAGGAAAUGGUUCCGGAUAGUAUUUUUCAACAUUGUUACUCACACGUCCUAAACCUUGCGCUCGAAAAGGCUUGCAAUUGUAUCCUACCAUCAGUUGCUUUUUUUGACCUCAUGCGUGAAACAGCCACCACUAUUUCCGAGUCCUACAAGAGAACUGAUAUUUGGACCAACACACAACACAUGUAA